AUGAACCCAUUGACGCUGAUAAAGCGGAUUCAGAGCAUCAACGCCAAGGAAUCAGAUCUCGGGAUCUCAGAGGAGGCCUCGUGGCACUCCGCGUACAAAAAUUCCGCCUAUGUCUACGUCGGAGGCAUACCUUUCGACCUCACUGAAGGAGAUCUCCUCGCCGUUUUCGCACAAUAUGGUGAAGUUGUUGAUGUGAAUCUCAUCCGUGACAAAGCAACUGGAAAAUCGAAAGGUUUUGCGUUUCUUGCGUAUGAAGAUCAGAGAAGCACCAUUCUCGCUGUUGAUAAUCUGAACGGAGCUCAAAUAUUGGGGCGGACGAUUAAGGUGGACCAUUGUGGCAAAUACACUAAGCAUGAAGAGGAAGAUGAAGAGACGCGACUAAAGAAGAGAGAGGAGCGUGGUGUGUGCAGAGCUUUCCAGAGAGGAGAGUGUACUCGUGGAGACUUUUGCAAAUUUUCACACGAUGAGAAAAGAGCUGCAAACACUGGUUGGGGUCAUGAAGAGGAUAGAAGUGCCAAGUGGGGUCAUGACAAGUUCAAUGGCGCCAAAAAGGGUGGUGGUACGAGUUUUGGCCAGCGGGGAGAUUUCAAACCUGAUGCAGAGAAGAAAAGCUACGGAGAAAAGGGUCAUGGAGGUGCCUCGUACGGGCGUCCUAGAGAAGGAGAAGGAGUGGAAAGAGAGGGAAGAGAGUCAAGGUCAAGAGAUGGUUAUGAUAGGAGGGAACAAAAGAGACCAGGACGGGUUGAUGAUUCGGAAUCUAGAAGACAAGAUACUGGAAAUGAUUAUAGAAGGGAGGAGAAGAGAUCCAGAACACAUGAGAGAGAGAAUGUGAAGGAAAGAUCAAGAAGAGAUUAUGACGACAGAGAUGGAGAAGGUUCGAGUAGGCGAUCUGAAACAUCCUCGCGGCAAGAUAGAGAUUCUUCAAGAAGGGAAGAUCGCCGUCGCUAA